AUGGCAAUGUUGGGUUUGGUUGUGCUGGCACUAGCGUGCCAAGUGACUCUCAGCUACCCUCAGAAUUGUUCGACCAACGGCAACUGCGUCUCCAGGAUUUGGAGCUGCCAACAGCAGCGGAGUUGCACGCAGGCCGACAACUUUCUUCUCGAGCUGGAUUUUCACUACAGAGAGAAGGGAUGCCGUGAGGUCAUUCCACUGAGCAAAAGCGUCGUGCAGGUCGAUAUUGAUGCACGGUGCGAAAAACCAUCCAACUUCAAUGACUUCUUCUUUGGCCGCAGGCUCAAUUGUCGGAACAUGCUCAGGAGGGGCCCACCUCCACGGGUGGUGCCUGCUAUGGCUUGCCCCUCCGCGCAGAAUGUGUCCGACCUUGUGGUGGAGAAGUGCAGCUGGCAUUGCAAGCAUAAGAGGCCGGUGUCGCGGUGCUUCAUCUCCUUUGAUCCGCGCAACGCGCUUGGCGUACAGCAGAAGCUAGACAAAUGCUGGAUCCAAGAGAAAUGCAUCAACAACCAGAUGAAGGCGAAAACCACUUGCCAAACAGCUCCAUCCUCUUCCACUCCUGCUGUCACAUUGGCGGGAUCAAUGCUUGUCACCGUGACCGAUCCGGUCACAUUCCUGGCCCAGCCCAAUUUGCAGUUCGCAUUGCAGGAUGCCAUCGAACGAAUGGCGCCGGAGAGCGACUUCAGCGAUGUGGCGAUCGAAAUUCCUUCCAGCAAUAGCUUGGCAAACAAGACCAAGAUGGUGAAGGUUGGGUUCAAUGCCUCCGUAAAGGGGAACGAUGAUGAGACCUCCGACGAGAAAGCCUUGGGGGCCGAAAUGGCACUGCAGAAUAUCUCGCACGACGCCUUGGUGGAUGCCGUGAAUGGUGCGCUUUCAUCGGAAGGCGCCGCCUUUGAUGUCAUUUGUUCGGCCUCAAUGAGCCCGUAA